AUGACAGAGAUUGAUCGAGAUCAAGCGAUGACUGAUGAAAUGCUUAGAAAGUUUAGCUACAAGAAGCUAUUACGCGUCACAGCGUACAUGAUUAGAUUUAUGAGAAACGCCAAGGGAGAAAAAUGGAACGGAUUGUUAAAGACAGAAGAGAUCCUGAACGCUGAGAGAUUGUGGUUGCGUCAUGUUCAAAGGAAUGUCUCGGCGGUUCCCAACGUAGACUUACAGAAAGAUAAAGAUGAUGUUUUGAGAGUAAACAGUCGAAUCCCUGGAUACCGUCCAGCCUUUAUUCCAAGGCGGUGUUGCCUUGAUCGAAUACUUGUCAGUGACAUACAUGAACAGAUUGGUCACGGGGGAGUGUCUUCGACCAUGGCCAAGGUGAGGGAACAGUUCUGGAUACCACAACUGAGAGUGUUAGUGAAAAGUGUUAUCCACGAAUGCAGUAAAUGCAAACUAUUCCGAGUGAAGCCCCUCCACCCACCAACAACGGCACCAUUACCAGAGUUCAGAACAAGGAUGACCCACCCUUUUGCUGUCACUGGCGUUGAUUUUGCUGGCCCAUUGUUGUACCGAACCCCCAAGAGGAAAACAGAGAAAGCAUACAUAACGUUAUUUACAUGUUCUACAACAAGAGCUGUCCAUCUUAAACUUUGCAAAAGUAUGACUGCUGAAGAAUUCAAAAGAACCUUGAAAGAGUUUGUGGCUAGACGCGGAACCCCGCACAAACUGGUGAGUGACAACGCCCUGACCUUCAAGGCUGCACAUCAAUGGCUUGAUAUGCUUAUACAGGAUGAGAACUUGUUUAACUACCUGACUACACAACGAAUCGAGUGGAGUUUCAAUCUCGCGAGGGCCCCAUGGUGGGGCGGAUUCUUCGAAAGAAUGGUCGGCAUCAUGGAAGUUAGUCUGUCUAAAGUGGUAGGACGGGCUCUACUCAAAUAUGAAGAACUAGAAGAAGUCCUACUUGAUAUUGAAUGUUUCAUGAAUAAUCGACCGCUCUGCUAUCAAGAAGAAGAAAUAGAACAUCCUAUUCUCACGCCUAAUCUUUUGAUUCAUGGGACAUCAGCACAUUUCUUAGAGGAAGACUUGGAGGCGUUGGAUGAGAAAGAUCUGAUAACUAAAAGAAUAAAUUUUUUGAAAAAUUGUCGGCAGCAACUAAGAAAGCGUUGGCAGACGGAGUAUCUCCAUGCCCUGGAAGAAAGACACCGAAAGAUUGUCGGUAAAGACAAAACGUUGCCUUCGAAGGGAUCGGUAGUUAUGAUUACGGACAACAGUAAAACGAAAUCAAAGUGGCAAGUUGGACGGAUUGUUGAUACUAUUCAAGGAAAAGAUGGAGUACUGAGGGGAUACAAGAUCAAGACUGGGACUGGGUAUGUUGUUGAACGACCAAUACAAUUGGUCUGCAACCUAGAAAUCAAAGUAUGUAAGGAUAACGAGCCGUCGAAGAAGAGAGAUCACAUAGAGAAUAAAGUGGUAGCCGACCAGUCGCAAGAUGUGGAGUCGAAGAGAAGACCACAGAGGAAAGCAAAAAGUGCAGCGAUUAACGUGAUCAAGGGUGUUUCGCUAAAUGAGUUAGAGGACUAG